AGCCCUAAAUUGUAAAAAAUUUGCCCUGUGAAUUGGACUGCUGAGCGCAAGAAGACUAUGUAGAGACUUCUUGGCUGAGCGACUAAAGAUGCGAAUGCGGAAUGCGAAUCAUCCUUGAAUUUUACACAUAACAGUGAUUUUCUAGAAAAUUGAAUUCGAUUGAAAUAAAAUGAAACUGAUUUUCAAAAAUAUUGAAAAGGACUAUGGAGGGACCGUUGCAUUGGUGCCAGAAAAUCCCGAAGACAUGUGGCAUGCUUACAACCUUAUUUGUGAAUGCGAUCGUGUUUCUGGUUCGACAAUCAGAAAAGUCCAGACAGAAAGCUCAACUGGUAGUACAAACAGUACUAGAGUACGCACAACACUGACUAUUGCUGUUGAAAAUAUAGAUUUUGAUACUCAAGCGUGUACUCUCCGACUGAAAGGAAGAAACAUUAUUGAAAACCAAUAUGUUAAGAUGGGAGCAUAUCAUACUUUAGAUAUCGAGCAAAAUCGUCAGUUUGUACUUGAAAAAAUAAAGUGGGAUUCAAUCGCUCUAGACAGGAUAGACAUGGCAUGCGACGUAAAUCAAAAUGCAGAUGUAGCAGCUGUUGUAAUGCAGGACGGCAUCGCUAAUAUAUGUUUAAUUACAUCAAAUAUGACGAUCGUCCGUGCUAAAAUCGAUCAAGUUAUUCCAAAAAAACGAAAAGGCAUGGUAACGCAGCAUGAAAAGGGUCUACACCGGUUUUACGAAAGUGUAGUUCAAGCAAUCCUUCGACAUGUGAAUUUUGAUGUUGUUAAGUGUGUUAUCAUUGCUAGUCCUGGAUUUGUCAAAGACCAAUUUAUGGAAUACAUGACUCAACAAGCUAUAAAAUCUGAUAAUAAAUUGCUAAUGGAAAACAAAAGCAAAUUUAUGCUUGUACACUCAAGCUCGGGGUUUAAACAUUCGUUGAAAGAAAUUCUAGCUGAAUCAACGGUAGUGUCUCGAAUCUCUGAUACAAAAGCAGCAGGUGAAGUAAAAGCACUUGAAAACUUCUAUGCAAUGCUACAAACUAAUCCGUCAAGAGCGUUUUAUGGCAAAAAACACUGCCAAGUUGCUGCUGCGUCACAAGCGAUCGAGACUUUACUCGUAUCUGACAAAUUAUUCAGAUGUCAAGACAUUUCUACUAGAAAGGAAUAUGUUGACCUUGUUGAGAAUGUUCGUGAAGCAGGAGGUGAUGUGAAAAUAUUUUCGAGCAUGCAUAUAUCAGGAGAGCAAUUGGAUUCACUCUCAGGGGUUGCAGCAGUUUUGAGAUUUCCAAUGUCUGAUUUGGACGAAAGUGAUGGAAGCGAAGAUUUGGAUGACGAAUGAUUCAACGAAUGACAACACGACAUCAGUUUCCCUACCUGGGAUACGUUCCAAAACCUCCGUUCAGUUCGGUAUAUUAAGAUGGCGGACUUUUGUACCUAUCUUAAUUGCUGGGUAGAAUCGCCGCCAUCUUGAUAUGCCGAACCGAACGGAGGUUUUGGAACGGACUCCAGAAAUAUAACCGAGAUUACUAGUGACAUGAGAUUUAACAAAGCCAAAUGUGAAUUUGUCCAGUUCUCAUGCGCAACAAGUAUAUUAUUGUGCGUAUAACGUGACGUUCAAGAUGUGGCCUAUAAUCAGCUUCUGAAUUUAUAGAAGUUGACUACAAUGUAAAAUUUGAAAGACUAUAAGAAUCUCUCAGCAAAACGGUUUUGUACCGGAACAACUAGAGUUCACAGAAAAAACAUGUCCUCAAUAACUCGAGAAUAACAUGAAAAAUAAUUUUUGAUUUGUAUCAAAUCAGUCAUAUAUAUAUAUAUAUCCAUUGAUAUGAUUACUCUAAUCAAUAAAAGAUUAUUCUCUACUAUUGAUAACAUGUAUAACCAAUUUUUAGAAGAUAUAACAGAAAAUAAUUUUUAAAAAAUCUAGGCAAGACUUUUCAUUUAUCGUCCUUAUACAACCCACUGAAUUAUAAUAAAAAUAAAAAGUGAAUCUAUUAAAGGAGUACCUCCAUCGAUUAGUUUUCUUACAAAGUUCCUAAUUUUUGGACAUAUAAAUCUUGAAAUUCCUCUGCAUCUAAUGAUCUUAAUUUUGUAAUUAUGAACAAUCUAGUUUUAGAGAUAAUUGAGUCUAAACAGGUGAACUUUUUACGUAGUUUAACAUUGCAGGUAUAGGAUUUUUUUUUUAUUUUUUUAUAUUUUUAGAUCUAACAAAAAAACGGUUCUUACAAAUGUGAUAAAAAAUUAAUAUGUCAAAAUUGAUAUAAUUUAGAAAUUUUUGAAAAAAAAAUUAAACGCUUGAACCUUUCCGAAUCAGAGAUAUUGUUAAUUAAAGUUUGCAAAAUUUCUUAAUAAUAUACAAAUUCAAAAAUAUAAUUUUUGUAAAAAACAAACUCGUUAAAGUUGUUCUUUACGUUAGCUUAGUACUACUGUGUAUACUAAAUUUUUAUUCAAAUUAACAAAAAAAAAUAAAAAAUUCAAACAAACGAUGAUAAAUAAUUUAGGAGAAUUAAAGCUGCCUGUGUUUGAAAAAUAAAAUCAAAAUAAAAAAAGAUCACGUUUUAUCCUUAUUACACAAACAAACUUUAACGCGGCGGUUUUCUUCACAAUUCCAAGAUCAGGUUGACAGACAGCUAAGACUUAAUAUAAUUUCAUGAUAUGUCCAUUCAAAAUAAUCGACAAUACUUUCAUCUAAGACUCGAUAUUGUAUCACAUGCGAAUAAAUAAUUUUUUAAUAGAAACGUCAAAUUAUUAGGAAACAGAUUUCGUAUGCACGCCCUGGUAGAAAUAUUUCUCCAACUUUUUCCAACUUUCUCCGCCUUUUUUCCAACUUUCUCCACCUUUUUACGAAAAUGACCCAUGGUUGGAGAAAAGUUGAAAAAAAGUUUGAGUAAAUUUUUGGUUGAAGAAAUGGCGGAAAAAAGUUGGAGAAAAGUCGGAAUAAAUUUCAGGUUGAAGAAAUGGCGGAAAAAAGUUGGAGAAAAGUCGGAAAAAAAUGGAGUAAAUUUUUGGCUGGAAAAAGGUUGGAGAAAUUUGUCCGCCAUUUCUCCAACUAUGGGUCGUUUUCGUGAAGAGAUAGAGAAAUGGCGGAGAAAAGUUGGAAAAAAGUCGGAGAAAUAUUUCUACCAGGGCGUAUUUGACUAAAAUUUUUUUUGAUUAUUAAUCAGGUACAGCUGACAAAUUUUUUCUUUAAGAGGACUCAAAUAUGUGAUGUAACUCCAAAAUAGCCUAUUUUAAAUUGAAAAUGAAAAAAAAGAUGUGUGUUAUUGUACGCACAGGGAAGUGAAACUCCUUUAAUAAUUCUAAUAAAUAGUAAUUGGAAGAUCUCUCGUUGCAUUAAUAUAUUUUUGACUAGUUGUCUUAUUCGCUCUCAUUCCGAGUGAACUAUUAUGUUCAUUCAGUCAUUAACAAUUAUGAUAGAAAUUUUUAAAUUUAUUAAUUAGUUAUAAUAUAAAGGUUCUAUGUAAAUGAAAUUCUAAUUAAAAAACUUAACACAGAA